AUGCAGCCGAACUAUCGGGGAUACAUUAAUCCUCCGCCGCACAAUGUCGCUGCCACACCCGCCCGGCGAGGUCCUGCUGGCUGGAAUUGCUCUCUGCGUGCGCGCAGCUUCCACGGCAGCAUGAUCAGCAGAACUGACCUGGACCACUUUUUCCGCAAACCAGGCCCCAUUGUCCACGCCCAGCACCCAGCUGCCCAGCAGUACGCCAGCAGCGCCAGCAUGCAGGCCCAACAGCGCGCCGAGGCCGACCGUCGCGAGAAGAUGCGCCGCAUUGCGAAGAACCCGACGGACAAGAACAUGCCCGAGGGCGUCGAGGACGUGUGCAUUGGCGACGGCGUGGCCCGCUACAAGCAGCUGCGUGACGUGGAGCGCACGCUGGAUGCCACGAUGAUGCGCAAGAAGCUCGAUAUCAUGGACUCGAAGCAUCACUCGCGUGCCUCGCGCUACGGCACCAUGCGCAUCUGGAUCUCCAACACGGCCGAGGACCAGCCCUGGCAGAGCCGCGGUAUCGAUGCGGAUGCUUUUGAUUUCGAGAGCGAGACCAAUGCUACGUAUCGCGUCAAGAUUCAGGGUCGCCUGCUUGACGAGCAGCACGACAAGGGGCUUGAGGAGGAAGAUGACGAGGAUGAAGACGAAGGCAGAGAGAACAAGGAUGCAGAUGCCAUGGACGAAGACGGACCCGCGAAACCGAAACCCGCAGCAAAGCCCAAAAUGUUCUCGCAGUACUUCACCUCCAUCACCAUCGACUUCGACCGUGCCAAAAGCCUGCAGCCAGAUAAUUUUACACAAAUCGAAUGGAAACGCCCUGAGAAUCCUACCGCCAAGGAAAGCAACUUCAGCGAGCUGGAAUUCGAGCGCAAGGGCGACGAGAACAUUAACAUCACGAUCAAUCUGCAGCGAUACCAGAAUCCCGAAGUGUUCCGGCUGAGCAAGCCCCUCGCUGAGCUGCUCGAUACAGAUGAGGAAGAUCGCGCUGGUGUCCUCAUGGGCAUUUGGGAAUACGCACGGUCCCAAAAUCUGCAGCAAGACGAUGACGAGCGCAAGUUCGCCUGCGAUACCAAGCUCAAGGCCUUGUUUGGCGGGCAAGACUCCUUCUACUUCCCCAACUUGCCAACACUUAUCAAGCCACACCUUGCCACUCUCCCGCCCAUUCAGUUGCAAUACACCAUACGCGUCAACAAGGACUACAUUGCACCCCCUCCCGAGUCUGGCAAGCAACCCUCGGAACCUACCAUUUACGAUGUCCAGGUGGCUCUCGAGGACCCGAUGCAGCCAUUGUUCCAAGACAUAUUGCGUCGUCCAGACAGCAUACAGACACUCCAAGAAAUCCAGAAGAUUGACGAGCAACUGGUCUUGCUCAUGGGAGCCGUUGGGCAAUCAAAAGCGAAACAUGCCUUCUUUACCAGCAUGUCCAAGGAUCCAGUGACUUUCUUCAAGCGCUGGUUGUCGAGUCAGAAGCGGGACCUGGAGGUUCUGCUCGGCGAGGCUACCCGUGGUGGUGGUGAAGAUGCAUCUGGUGAGGAGUGGCGCCGUGGAGGAGCUGACAGUGUGUGGGGUAGCGAAGUAGCCAAGGAAAGCGUGGCGCUGUGCUCGUUUUGGGAGUUUGCAUUCGGUCCAGGCGAAAGGGAGGCGUUUCGAGCAAGUAACAGAAAUACCCAAUUCAUCACACAUCCCAUCAACCGAGGGGGAUCGAGGGCACAAUCCGAGGUCCUCCCAGGUCUAUUUCUCUCCCAACUGACGUAUGGUUUGACCCGGCAUCCUGGUCUCCUGCAUGCUAACAACCACGAAGCACCUGAGCCACGGUUCCUGCAUGUUUGUAAAAAGGAUGGGAGGAAGUUGACCGGUCGAACAUGUGUUGCCCCGCUCCCGUCCAGAGCUCACCAACCAUUUUAUGCUUAUCUCACUUUCAAACCUCAGCUGAGCCUACUGCAAACGGUUUCAAGUCCGCUGGGUCGGCCUAUGUAUUGGAGAGGUGAAACGCCCAUUUGGCGGAUAAAUGCCCGUCGCCAAUCACCGCAGGCUCAAGAUCCAGAGGCUGCCAUCCCCCUUCAGCCUUUUGGCCCCAGGGUGCACAAGCGCAGAGCCUCAUCGACUUUGGUGGUCAGACCAACCGUUCUUCGAUGCACUGCCCCCAAAAUAGAUUUUGGUCCAUCAUGA